UCGCUGUCAGAAGGUAAGCUGCUCGGCAGCGCUAGGUGUCGGAUCAGCUGAGUUCUAGGAUCCCGCCCCGUGAUAACCACGACGAACGCUGGUUCCACUUCACUUUCAGCCUUUUUUUUUUUCAUUCGUGCCAGGGCAGCGUCGAAGAUGCCUAAUCGGACCCGAGCAGUCUCCUCAUUGAAUUCGGCUGUUUUGAAGCGAUCGUUGCCCGAAGCAUCCUGUGCCCGUUUCUGUUGAUAUGUUGGAAUCAAACUGAUAGAAGAUGGAUCCUGAGGAGGUCGAGCUGUUGAACGAUUACCGCUAUCGUAACUAUGCUUCGGUCAUCGAGAAAGCGCUGCGGAACUUUGAAUCCUCGAGUGAGUGGGCAGACCUCAUCUCCUCCCUGGGCAAGCUCAAUAAGGCUCUGCAGACUAACCUCCGCUACUCGCUCCUGCCUAAGAGGCUGAUCAUAGGGAAGCGUCUGGCUCAGUGUCUACAUCCGGCGCUGCCCAGCGGGGUGCACCUCAAGGCUUUGGAGACUUACGAGGUCAUCUUUAAAAUCAUCGGAACAAAAUGGCUGGCCAAGGAUCUGUUCAUUUACAGCUCAGGAUUGUUCCCUCUCCUGGGCCACGCGGCCAUGGCAGUGAAGCCCGUGCUGCUGACUCUGUAUGAGCGCUACUAUCUCCCACUGCAGAGAGCCUUGCUGCCCAGUCUGCAGGCCUUUAUUACUGGACUCCUACCAGGCCUAGAGGAAGGACUGGAAGUUAAUGACAGGACCGAUGCUAUACUGGUGAAGUUGUCUCUGUUAGUUGGCCAGCAGGUCUUCUAUGGAGCUUUGUGGGGCAGCAUGUUGGUCACCCCCAUGGUGCGUCUGCCUGCUUCCGUCUUCAUAGUCACACACUUUGACCGCACGGCACUGCUGAGUCAACAAACACACAUGUUGGGCUACGACCACCGUGUAGUGAAAAAGUCAGUCUGCCUUUCCCUGCAAGAUUCAAAUGCAUUGGUUCAGAGGAACAUGCUUGAAGUACUUCUCUACUUUUUCCCCCUUGCCACGUGUUUGGAUCCUGCCGAGCAGACUGUUGCUUUUAGCAUGGAAGACCUCAUCACUGUGGUCUCUGCAGCUUUACUCACACUGCUCAGAAGAGACAUGUCCCUCAACAGACGCCUCUACGCCUGGCUCCUAGGUACGGACAUUAAAGGAGGGAUGGUGGCGCCACACCCCACCCUCUCCACCACAGUAGAGGAUCAUACGUCCUUCUACUUCAACUCUUAUUCUAAAGAUAUUCUUGUGAAGGCUCUGAUUAAAAUCCUCAGACAAAAGGAGGUGGAUGGUGAUCCAGAAAGCGUGAUUCGCUACCUCAAACCCUUUCGCAUCAUCAUCAGUCUGCUCGAUAAACCUGAGAUAGGGCCUCCUGUCUUAAGCUGUGUGUUGCUGGAGGUCGUCCGAGCCUUUCACAGCUACUGCCGGGAGACGCUCGAUGGGGAAAAUAAUGCAGGAAUUCCGUGCAACCAGCUUUCCAGUAAAAUAAAAGAGAAUAAGAAAGCAUCAGAGAUCAUCAAGACGGUGAAUAUGCUUGUGAGCUCCAUGAACAGUGAAUACCUGUGGGAGUACAUGACUCAGCACUUCUGCUCAUCUCUCAGCAAAAAGGCUGAUUCACCUCCUGAGGAGGACUACGAUCACCCAGCUCCUUAUGUUAAAGAAAUGUCCAACCUCAUCAUUUUCCUGCUUGAUGUUCUUCCUUUGGAGCUCUAUGUUGACAUCCAGUCAUAUUUCCUCCCUGGCAUGUUGGGCUCAAUGCUGCAGGCGCUUCUCCACAACAUGGACUCUGUUUGCCUUGAGGAUGUAACGCAUGGUCUGCGUGCGUGCUUCAAGGUUCUGAGUAAGAUCCAAAUGCCUGUAGCUUACAUGGACGUCGAUUCAGUGGCACACACAGAGGAGAUGGAGAUACAGUCACCUGAGGAGGAAAUCACUAAAACACAGGAUUUAGAGAGUGAAGGAGAUAAAAAUGGGGUUGUUGAUGGGCAUCUGGAGGAGGAACAGGAGAGGGGAGAUGGAGGGGGGGAUGGAGGACCUGCUCAUGGUGUUUACCCAACUCUGAGGUCUGAGGACAGUGGACUGGGCAUCAGUGCUUCACCGUCAGAGCAGCAUCUGUCCCUGGAGGUGACGAAGGCCGUUGAGCAAACUGGAAUUAGCAGGAACUGUGAGGGAGUUUGGAGAAGAGGAGGCAGCAUGGACACCAUGUCCCAGUGCCUGCAGGACAUCCUUGCCUUCAUAACCACAAGAUACCUGAUGGUGCAGGUGGAGGAUGUCGGAGAGCCAGAUCCAGAACCCCAUCAAGACGUUAGUCCCACCUCUGUGGAUCAGAAGUCUUUGUUAAAGGGAAGAGAGAUUAAAGACAAGCUGACUGAACUCUUUACUCCAAAUAAACUCAAAGCUCGUGUCUCCUGGGAGACGCAGCUCCCAGCAGCUCCCACUGAAAAUAAAAAGGACUGCGGUCCCGGUGGGUGUUUGGACUGGGCAGCGGGCUACAUGCCCCGGGGGAGGGCUGAGAUUUCUGAGGCCUGUCGACAGGCCUUCGUCGCCACAUGUCACCUGCUGCUGGAGAGCACCACCUUCCCUGUUUACUUCAGUGAAGAGGAGAUGCUUGCUCUGCACACAGACAUGUUUGGCCCCACAGACAGCCACAUGGGAAACCUGCCGGUGUGGAUCAGGACCAUGAUGAUCCUGUGCUGCACAUCAAAGGACCACAACAUUCAGCAUACCGCACUGGCGUCCCUGUUGGAGCUCAUCAACCGCUCCCAGUCCUUAGCUCUGGUCAUUCAGGACAAGCACAGACGGUACCAGAACUCUGAGUCCAACCCGCUGAGUGGGAGGCUUCAGAUGGUCUCCCUUCCACCCAUCUAUCCGGUUCUGCUCCGAGCGCUAGAGGAGGGCACAGAUUUCUAUCAGCGGGUGUCCAAGGUUCUGUGGGCUCAGCUGGACACGGAGCAGAGAGAGCAGCACGUUUCCUGUGUGGACCUGUUUUAUAGGCUGCACUGUUUGGCUCCGUCCACAACCAUCUGUGAAGACAUCAUCUGCCAGGCGCUGCUACACAAGGACAAGGGAGUUAGACUGGAAGCGCUGCACCGCUUCACAGUACUGUGGCACCUGACCCGUGAGAUUCAGGGCAACAGAACCGUGUCUCUGGGUCGCUCCUUUGACCGGUCUCUGUGUGUGGUGGUGGACAGCCUGAGCUCCACUGAUGGCUCAGUAAGCGCAGCAGCUCAGUGCUGGUUAGUCAGAGCUCUGUCCCUUAAAGACGUGAUUCGAAUCCUGGAGCCGAUUCUGUUGCUGCUGCUCCACCCGUCCACUCAGCGCUGCUCCAUUCAGAACGUCAAACAGAACGCCCCUGCUGGUAACUUGAAGGUUCUUAGCAACAGAGGUCGAAGUGUGAGCAGAACUUCUCGGACGUCUGCUGACAUCACAACAGCUGACGUCGCCGGUUUAAAUGUUCAGAAUGUGGUGGACCGAGAGGCGCUGUGGGCAGAGUUGGACAGUGGACCAGAGGUGGGAAAACCUCCAGAUGCUGUAGCGAUGUCGAGGAGUGAGAGUGAGGUGACGGAGGAAGAAGACGAGGAGGAAGAGGAAGCUGAGAGCGAGCACACAGAGUCAGCUGACACCAGUGGGGCCCAAGUGUCCACCGAGAUCUCCAGCUCAUGCUCGGCUCCACACAGCAGCGCUGAGGAGGGAGGGUUGGUGAACGGCCUGCGGAGGGUCGAGUCUGAGCGCACACAAGCGUCUGAAUCCCUGUCAAGUGACGAUGAGGAGGAUCUAGAGCUGGAGGAGAUGGCCAGGUCUCGGCUGCAGAAGCUGGAGCGUGAGAAGCAAGAAGCCAUUAAUUCUCUGUUCCACCAUGUGCUGCUGUACCCGUCAGCGGGAGGCUGGCAUCAUCUUCUCCAGGGUUUGGCGCUGCUGGACAGUCUGCUGAGGAGCAGUGCUGAGUACCCGCUAGUGGACGCGCUGUGCUCCACCUCACUAGACACGAGCUCUGCUGCACAUCUACACCUGGUCUCAAACCUUCUGCAGCGCCACCAGCAGGCUCAGGAUGGCAGGAGCUUCUACGGAUGCCUGCUCUCUCCCACAUCCUCUCCUUCUGUGCCCCCAUCACUGCUCAUUGAUCUGCUGGUGUCACUCUGCCUCCGGUUUCUGCGCUCCCACUACCCCUCCUAUUUGAGCCUGACUCCUCAAGACCUGCAAGGGAACCGGGAGGUCCAGGUGAAGAGCGUGGCGGUGCUGACUCGGAUCGUGAACCAGCUCAGCUGCAAGGCGCAAGGGCGGGCAGCAGCAGGCACUCUGGAGUCCAUCAACAGACUCCUCUCAAGCUGUAAAGUGCAGCAAUAUGCUCUGCUUUCUCUGUCUGCAUCAAUGUACAUCAGCCAGAAGGGGGCAGACAGGAAAUCCUCUAAAGGUGUUGAGCUGCUUGAUGAGCAUGGGGUCCAGUCAGAGGAGAGUCUGGUCAAUCUGGGAGCAGGCGGAGGACAGGAGCAAUACCCCUUACAGAUAGAAUUACUCAAAUUACUGAAGGCUCUCAUAGUGCUUGAAUACCACGUGUGGACUGAUGGGGCCAUCUCUGCAGCCGGUGGAGCCUCCACCCAGCCUGGGGAUUUGCGUGAGUCCUCGCCCACCACCACCCCACUGGCUCGCGAGUGGCAAACUGCUGUUCUGUUCCAGCAGUCCAUCAAAGCAGCACAAUACGUAAAGAGCCACCCCAUCACAGCGCAGGGGAUGUUUGUUUCUGCUGCAGCCAGAGCUCUGCAGCCUCAGUAUGGCUACGCCAUGCACCCACACUGGGUGUCGCUGCUGUGCUCCUUGCUGCCGUACCUGGGGCGCUCGCUGGGGAUCAUCGUGGCUCCGCUCAUCAGUCAGAUCUGCAGGAACUUGGACGAACUGGUCAGGCUGCAUGAACAUGACGGAGGAAGGACGAUCCAGAGCUUGACUGGCCGGAGGGAGAACAUUGCUCCUGAUUACCCUUUGACUCUGCUGGAAGGCCUGACCACCAUCACACAUUUUUGUCUCCUGGACAAUAAAAAGUCUCUGGUCAUCUGUGAUCCCUUGGAUGUCCGUAACGCACGUAACGCCGUACUGGAGGUGCUCCCACACAUGCUCAGCAGCAUGUCGCUUCUGUGGGGCGUGGUCGUGAGGGAGGACCUUCAGAAGCGAGCGUCCGACUCUGCCCACAGCAGCAAACACAGCUCUGCUUCUGUCUAUUUCAAAUCCACCAAGAUCUUGCGACAGAGGAUACUGGAGUUUCUGCUCCCUCUCACUGGAGCAUAUGGGAUUCAGCUGAUGGCUUCAGUAGGAGUGGUGUGGAACAACAGGAGGAACAAGAGGAGACAUAAAAACAAAGUUCUUCCUGUAGCCGGUGAGUCUAGGCUGAUCAUUGUGGAGCUGGUGAAGUCACUCAACACUUUGAACACAGAAACUAUCCUGCAGCUGGUCAAAGAGGUUGUGAAGAAACCACAUCAGAUCAAAGGGGAGCAGAAGUCGGCGCUGGUCGAUGUCCCCAUGUUACACUUCAGUUACGUCUACAUCCAGAGCAUUCCGGCUCAGGCUCUGCAGGAAAACGUGGCUCCUCUCCUCAGUUUGUUACGGGAGUCCGUUCAGCUUAACCUGGCCCCACCUGGACAUUUCUUACUGCUGGGAAUCCUAAACGACUUUGUUAUUCGGCUCCCCAACCUGGACAGCAAGAAAGAUACCAAAGAUCUGCAGGAAGUGACCCAGCGGAUCCUGGAGGCAGUAAGUGGGAUUGUGGGCUCGUCUCUGGAGCAGACCAGCUGGCUAAGCCGCAGCCUGGAGGUCAAAGUUCAGCCACAGGUGUGCCCUGAGGCAGAGGAACCAGACGACGCUGACAUGGAUGGAGAUCAUUGUGAGUCCGUAGCUCAGGCUAACGCCAUGGUGUCUUCCUCUGCUCCCUCGGUUUUCAGCGUGCAGGCUCUUAAACUUCUUGCAGAGAUCUUGGCACCUCUUCUGGACAUGGUAUACCGCAGCGAUGAGAAAGAAAAAGCUGUUCCUCUCAUCUCCCGUCUCCUGUACUAUGUUUUCCCCUACCUGAAGAAUCACAGUGCCUACAAUAUGCCCAGCUUUGAAGCAAGUGCUCAGCUGGUGAGCAGUCUCAGUGGGUAUGCUUAUACAAAAAGGGCCUGGAAGAAGGAGGUUUUUGAGCUCUUUAUGGACCCUUUGUUCUUCACUAUGGAUGCCUCUUGUGCACACAGUUGGAAAUCAAUUAUUGAUCACCUGCUGACUCAUGAGAAGACCGUGUUUAAAGAUCUCUUGGGUAUGCAGAGCAGCGCCCUGAAGUUGUUCUCCAGUGCCGACCAGAAGCCCAUGCUGCUGAAGCGCCAGGCGUUUGCCAUGUUCAGCGGUGAACUGGACCAGUAUCAUCUUUAUCUUCCUCUUAUUCAAGAGCGUCUGACGGAGACUUUGCGUAUGAACCCAAGCCCUGCUGUUUCAGCCCAGAUGUUCCUGAUGUUUCGUGUUCUCUUGUUGAGGAUCUCAUCCCAUCACCUGAUAUCCCUUUGGCCUAUAAUGGUCACUGAACUUAUUCGCACUUUUGCACGUUUGGAGAAAGCUCUGCAGGAAGAAAAGGAUGUCUCGAAACUGGCAAAAGUUGUCCGCGUUGCCCCUUGACCGAAAUGGACCAAUAAACUUC